AUGGCAAAUGCUCGGUACGACAACUGGCGACGUCAAGUCGUGCGAGUUCGGAGGUUUCGGUCUUAUUCUGUCAUUGACAUUGACCCCAUGGCGCAUGGUGGGGUAACAAUCUGGUCUGGUAGAUGUGGAGAUAUCAACUGGGGUGGUGAUGCCUUUGUUUCGGCCAAGAUUAGCAAAUCAUCCUCGGCCUGGGCGAGAAUUUGCUCUGAAUGCUGCGAUUCAUGGUCAAUGCACAUGCCAUUAGAGAAUGGUGUAAAGUUUGUGUCAGAUGCCGCGUUACUUACUUCACAAGCCUUGGGCCAUGCAGAUCGAUUUGACGCCCAUCUCCAAAUGCAGGGUAAAGCCGAGUUGAGAGUCCCGAUGAUUACGUACCUAGGUACCUUGAUCACUGCAAAGACUCGAUACAGCACCCUUUGCAGUUGUCUCCAAAAUACGAUUCAUCAGACAUGGCGAUGUUGCAUUUCGGUUUCGGUACUGUCUCUGCAGCAAGGACUUGACACUCUCCCGUUGUUGUCCACAUCUGACUUCGACAGCUCUGGCCUUCCGGGUUCAGCCGUGUUCAACCAAUAUGCAGUAAAUUAUUCGGACAGCACCGUUUUUCGAGCACAGUACCGGUAUUCGGAAGCCAAACUCUCUAUUUUCGUGCCUUAA